GUUCAGGUCCUGUUGACAUCAGAAACUUUCUCUUCAGAGUAUAUCACCUUCUCGUCCCUCUGUUUACAAGACUGAUCUGGCGAUCUGUGUUUUGAACCGCCAGUGUGGCCUAUUGUCAUUGAAGACGUAUUCGCAGCCCCGCAGCGUGUCCUACGGAAGUGGACUUCGGCCAGACAAUGGCGGUUCUUCAACGGCGCUGCUCGAUGGUGUUCUUGGCGGUGUUAGCCACCGUGAUUACGUUGCCUCUCAGCUACUCCCUGAGACUAGCUGAUGCACAGUACCAGACACAGACGCAUUGUGAUCAAUACAGUGCCGUGAUGGUUUGGUCUAAUGGCCAAUGCUUUUGCAAGCAGGAUUGGCAAGCCCUGGGAGACUGUUCCCAGCGUACCAUACCACACGGAUUGCAACUCUAUCUUAUUCAGUACAGAAAUUAUGAUCUGAGUUGUGAUCCCGGUUAUGCCAAGGACCAGCCCUCCAGAGCGUAUGGCACAUGUAGAGACCAGUACAACUGUACCAUCUACACCCAGUCGUCCGUCUGUACCAGCGUGACUCACCAUGGAGAAUUUCCAGUCUCGUUGUCACAAACAAUGGUAAAUGGCUUCAGUGGCAAACGCAGUGUGCAAAAUUUGUAUUUCCAGAGUAAUUCUAUUGCACAGCUGCAAAGAUAUUCUUUUGGAUUCACCCUGAGUAAUCUUAGGGUUCUUCAUCUGGAGGACAACCUUCUGAUGUCGAGUUCAUUUUCUACUGGCUGGGCUAGUCCAAUGCCUAACCUCCAGGAACUUUUCUUGGACAACAACAAAUUAACUUUCACUCAGACAGAUGUGACAGAUCCAGGAGCACGUAUGUUUUCCGGCCUGGGAAACCUCCGGAAGCUGUCAAUGAACCUUAAUAAACUCAUAUUUCUGCCACUGAAUCUGUUUUCGUCUCUGACAAACCUCCAAGAAUUGCAUAUGGUAAACUGCAGUUUGCAGUUCUCGGGGAUGGUACAAUUACCAUUCUCUCCACUCUCCUAUCUCCGUCUGUUGAAUUUGGACAGUAACUGGCUGAGUUUUGAGUUUUACCCCGCAACUCCAUCGAGGACCAACUACAAUGACCUGGACAUCUUCAUUGGCUUAGCACAACUGGAGACCCUAACCCUAAGAGGAAACAUCCUGAAUUUUGCCGAGCUUAAAUGCAGCACAUCAUUUCCAGUACAAGAUGGGUGUUGUACUGCACAUAGCCAGUACAUGUGCUUCUUCAGGAGGUUGCAAGGACUGAAGACACUAGACCUUACCAACAACCGUGGCCUGGUCGCGUCUGAGAGUGCCUUCCACAACCUGUUUAACCUGGAGAACUUGCACCUGCGGCGGACGUCUUACUCGUCGAUUGGUCAGGAUACAUUCAGUGGCCUGGGAAACUUGCGCCUGCUGGAUCUGAGUGAGAACAGCUUCACAGAGCUGCCUCGGACGGGUGGCAGUAUGUUUCGCAAGCCAAUAACUAUCGACCUCACUGACAAUAACGUCGCACUGCUAAACACUAGCCGCAUCACCCAGAUAGGAGCGCCGUACAAAUUGAUCUUGACCAACAACUCCGUCAGCAAGCUGGAUUUGAGUGUGUUCAACGGUGUCGGUCAAAACCUAGUCUCCUUAGACCUGAGCUUGAACAGUAUACCGUCCAUUCCUACAGCUCUGAAUUCAGUGCUACCAAAUCUCAAGGAAAUAAAUCUGCUUGACAGCACCGUCCGCCUUGAUCGCAUUUGCCCACUGAUUUUUGUCCCGAACGUAACGGCCGAGCCAACUGUAUUGCGACAACUGGCAGCAGAACGGGCAAAGAUUGUUGACUUUUGCCCGGACUACAAGCUCAAAUGCGCUGAUCUUGCAGCCGCUCAAGAGCAGCGUGUGGUCUGCACCUGUGGACAGACACCUGUUCCCGCCUCGAAGAGCCUGUACUACACACGGUCCUGUAAAGGACAGUGCCGGUUCCGAGAGGCGGAGCGCUACUGUCCCGCUCUGCCUCUUCAGUGGCACGACCAGAAAGCCCCAGCCGGCAUUAAGCCUUUGGUUGCAUCAUGUGGCAAAGGGAUGAAGCUCGUCAGUGGCAUCUGUGAAAUGAUGACAGGCCAAUGCAACGUUCCUUCUCAACUACACACGGUCUACAGUUACAUAACGUGGCCGACUGAUGAUGGCGAAGGUCUCACGGCAGCGGGGACAACAUCCUUCUGCACCAACGAGAAGAGUAUGAGCGUUUUCGCCCCGCCGGAAACAACUAGUUGCCUCGUCCCUCUCAUGAGCGACGUCAUUCACUCCCGCUCGUACGACGUGCCUCUCCGCCUGUGGGGUGAAUUGGCUGACAGUAUUGGCAACAAGGGAUUGCAUGCGCUGGAAUAUAGUCCGUCUACGCAACGCUUCACCAUUCUGCAGUUGCCAUCGACAGCCAAGCUGGAUGUCAUUUGCACAGCCAAAUGGACGAUCUCCAACUUGCCGGCCGUUGGAGAAAUCGCUUUUAUCAAAACCGAUGACCCAAUGAUGAACCCGUCUCUGGCCGAGGAGCUUUGCCGGUCACUGAACGGCUUCUCUCUCAUAUCGUGGGAUAUGCUUGCCAAGGCUUGGGCACAAGACCAGUCGUUCAGCAACGAAUUGCGAAAUAUUUUCACCACCCAGUGGCUUACAAGUCCUGCUUUUCGAAUCCAUCCCAGAUACUAUAUGUCUGGCACGCCAUCCGACUACUCCGUCAGACAAUACUGGAUGGAGCCGAAACCCAACGGUCAUGUAAUUCUACAAACUAUAGCGGGAGAUGAUUCAUUGCGCAUAUCCGCAGCUGAUCCAUCACUGAUGGACAGGAUAACUGGUGCCCCGCUCUGCUUUAAAUUCACCAGUGACUUCCUUGGACGUGUGAAAGCUGCGUACGGCUCGACAGUGUUAGCACCACCCACCCCUCCUCCUAAAUAGUAACCACAUCUUUCAAAACUGGCCUUUCUUGACGGGAGAGAGAGUGUGUUCUUCAUCUUAUCAUAAGGAUAUUAUGAUGACAUCAUUGUUUUUAUCUCCUUAUUGAAUGCCAUCACGUACUUGUGCCGACAUGUACAUGUCCGAUUGCCAUCACGAUUGAUUGCUGGUGCAUGCAACGUGCUAGUUUGAUUUUCAUCACAUGCUCGUACAUGCACUGCCCAAUGCCCAAUGCCCAUCGCCAUCCUAUUCUGUUGUGAUUGCCAUGACGUGCAACGUGCUCUAAAUGUUGUUGGUGGUAGUGUCCACCUGUUGUUGGUGGUAGUGUCCACCUGUUGUUGGUGGUAGUGUCCACCUGUUGUUGGUGGUAGUGUCCACCUGUUGUU